ACAUACUCUGGCGCCAACAGUCUAAUUGAAUAGAAGGAGUGGAAAGUAGCAAACAAUACCAACCUGUAAGAACAAAACCAACACCAAUUCACCAGCAUGGAAGGAGCCGAAGGCGGCGAAGCCGUUUCCCGAAAAGUAAUUGUCGUGGGGAUGAACCGCCCGCGCCUUUUAAAAAUCAUAUCGAUGGUAGACGACGAGGUCGCUGGGGGCAACGCUCCAACCGGGGUGGAAUACGUUCCGUGCCUCGCUGCCAUGUCGUCGUACGAAGCAGAAAACGGGGAUGCAGUCCGGUACAUGUCCGACUUUGUCUUUCGCGACGGCUCCCCGAUGAGCAGCUUUUUCGACGACGAAGCCUUCCGCGAGUCGCUCGACACGGUGGUGAUGGUCGGCUACGAAUGGCAGGAGAACGACAAACAGCUCGUCGAGAAGUACUUCGAAUCUAAUCUGCUCUCGGUCACGAUUGUAUGCGUCUCGCCAAAUCCGGGUUUUUCCUCGCUAGGCGAGGAAAUGAGCCAUUUCAAGAAUCUUUCCGACGACGAGAAAGAACGGCACACUACAAAUCAUACCAUGGGUCCCAAGAAGAUGAAACGAUUCAUACUCGACACUACAACACCGUUGCAAACAACCACGGAGAAAAAAGAUUCGGCGGAAAAAGACAACGCCGUUGAAUCCCUCGACGGAGAAGAAAACGAGAUUGAAAUAGAUUCGCCACCCGACAAGCCAAAGGAGGAGGAGGAAGUUCCACCAAAGAAAAAGAUUCCGGUAGCCAUCGACCAUAACGCGACAUCUUUUGCGUGCCGAAUGUGCCGAACGGUGCUCUUUGGAGAGAGUCAUCUCGCCGACGAUCACAAAAAAGCUCUGCACUCGCUCAAGCGGACACCCAACCGUGCUUCCGGAACCGUGGCUUCCUGCCAGUCGUUCUUUUGCGACGAGUCCGUCCUGGAGUGGCUCGCCCCGGACGGUGCGGACGUCGAGGGGAAACUCGCGUGCCCGCACUGCAACUUCAAGCUCGGUCACUGGAACUGGUCCGGUGCGCAGUGCUCUUGUGGGACAUGGGUGGUUCCGGCCAUCCAGAUCCCCAUGGGCAAGGUAGACGUGAUCCUGCCGCCCUCCGAGAGGGCAAAGGUUUCUCCCAUCAUGAUUGUCGCUCCAAAAGCAUCCUAUGCAUAGAAAAGAGGCCGACGAAUUCUUGUUAUUUCCUCUGGGAUUGCAAGCAAUAGAAAACUUUCCUUAUUCUUCUCAGCCACUUGUUUGUUUGACGAUUCCCACUCAACAGUGGCUAAGUUUUUAAUCGCAAAUAUGCAGGGAUUGUUCGCAUUAUCAUUACUUAUUUCAAUGUUUGAAUUGAGUCAGAUUCUUCUUCACUCACACAUCAUAACAGUCACUGUGGAAUACUAACACUGCCAGGCGAAACCAGGAGGAGGAGAAAGUGCCUGCUGAUAGCACCAAUAAUACCGCUGCUAGUAGUACUAGUAGUAGUACUAUUACUACUGUAGCAUUUGGACUAUUGGACUGAAAUCAAUAAAGGUCAGCAGCAAGCAUUCAAUGGUGGAAAAGAAAGGAUGUGAGGCAGAAAUAUUCCGAUCGUGAAGAAUAACAAAGAUAAGUAUUAGAU